AUGGAGGAGCAGGCGCGGACCACAGGCCGCCCGCGCGAGUGCAGCCUGCCAGGUAGCGCGCAUCCGGGAGGAGCGGCUUCCACCGCACCGCGCCGCGUUGUACCAGCGUUGUCGUUUAGCUCCGUAGCCACCGUAACGCUGGGAAACCAGAGCGAUGCGGGCAGGUCGGAGGCGGCGGUGUCGGGACCAGCGCCGCUGCUAUGGCACGGAGCAGCGGUGGCCGCCCAGGCGCUCGUGCUCCUGCUCAUCUUCUUGCUGUCUAGCCUGGGCAACUGUGCAGUGAUGGGGGUGAUCGUGAAGCAUCGGCAGCUGCGCACGGUCACCAACGCCUUCAUCCUGUCGCUGUCCCUGUCAGACCUGCUCACCGCGCUGCUCUGCCUCCCCGCCGCCUUCCUCGACCUAUUCGCGCCGCCGGGGGACUCGGGGCCCUGGCGCAGCUUCUGCGCGGCCAGCCGCUUCUUCAGUUCGUGUUUCGGCAUCGUGUCCACGUUCAGCGUGGCGCUCAUCUCGCUGGACCGCUACUGCGCCAUCGUGCGGCCGCCGAGGGACAAGCUGGGCCGGCGGCGCGCGCUGCAGCUGCUGGCCGGCGCGUGGCUGGCUGCGCUCGGCUUCUCCCUGCCCUGGGAACUGCUCAGGGCACCCCGGGAACCCCCCGCUCCGCAGAGCUUCCACUGCUGCCUUUACAGAACCUCCCCAGACCCUGCGCAGCUGGGCGCCGCCUACAGCGUGGGGCUGGUGGUGGCUUGCUACCUGCUGCCCUUCCUGCUGAUGUGUUUCUGCCGCUACCACAUCUGCAAGACAGUGCGCCUGUCGGACGUGCGCGUGCGGCCGAUGACCACCUACGCGCGCGUGCUGCGCUUCUUCAGCGAGGUGCGCACGGCCACCACCGUGCUCAUCAUGAUUAUCUUCGUCAUCUGCUGCUGGGGCCCCUACUGCUUCCUGGUGCUGCUGGCUGCGACCCGGCAGGGUCAGGCCACGCAGGCUCCCUCGCUGCUCAAUGUGGCGGCUGUUUGGCUGACUUGGGCCAAUGGGGCUAUCAACCCGGUCAUAUAUGCCAUCCGUAACCCCAACAUUUCCAUGCUUCUAGGACGCAACCGCGAAGAGGGGUACAGGACUAGAAACAUGGAUGCUUUUUUGCCUAGCCAAGGCCUCGGUUUUCAGGCCAGAAGUCGCAAUCGCCUUCGAAAUGGCUGUGCCAACAGGCUUGGGGCUUGCAGUAGGAUGCCUUCUUCCAACCCUGCUAGUGGGUCAGGAGGAGAAGUGGUCAUGUGGGCUCGAAAAAACCCAGUUGUGCUCUUCUUCCGAGAGGGUCCACCAGACUCAGUUAUGGCAGUCGGCAAACAUCACAAAUCUGAAACCGGGGACAGUAGCAAUUAAGAAGGGUGGGGGGUGGGCAGCUUGUAAUAGCAAAUUUCCACCCCUCACAUUGACUGAUGUGGGAAUCCGGGGAGAAUCGUCUAUUUUAUAAAGCCAAACAUUUAAAAGUAAAAAGACAGAAGUGGGUGAGUUACCACUUCAUUCUCAAACAUGAAAGAUGUAAAAGAACAUUCCCUUUCUUCAAAAGUAGUCAAGGGAAUGUGAAAUGCAAAAAAAUUUUUAAAAAAAUCUUGAACCGCACAACGAAGCAUUGUAAGGCGUAAGUGCUAAAAAGCAACAAAAAUGAAAUUCACGGUUACUGGAGAGCUCAUGUUACAGGAAUCACACUGUGAGACAAAAAUCAUUGAACUGAACUUAACAAUUGUAUUCAAAUACUGUUUCUUCUUUGUUUGUUUGUUUGUUUUUAAUGACCUAAGGCCCCUCGGAUCUGUUUGAAGGCCCCUGUACUUUCACCAGCAUUCAGCAAAAUUUCAGAUUCUAAAGGCUGCACGACUGACCUGUU